AUCAGCGGGACUGUCUUGGGCACCCACACUGCCUGCAGAGCUGGUAACACCUCUUUGCUUUUCUUGCAGGAAACUUCAUCAUGCCCCAGAAUGGAUUCUCGGAGGGGGCCGGCUACCUCAAGUGUGACACAGAUGAUGCCUCGGAGACCCGGGAGGAGAGCCUGGGAGAUGAGGUCUUCGACACGGUCAAUUCGUCCAUUGUGUCAGCUGAGAGUGUCCGCUUCUUUGUGAAUGUGAACCUGGACGUGCAGCCUGGCCAGGCGGGUGAGAGCGAAAGCCCUGGAGACUGCGGGCUCCUCUACACUUCUCGUAAGUACAUGAAGGUCAAGAACUUCGAGGAGGAGAUCCGAGCACACCGCGACCUGGACGGCUUCCUGGCGCGGGCCAGCAUCAUCCUGCAGGAGACGGCCACGUCGCUGGACGACGUGCUGCGGGCCAUGCUGCACCGCCUGGCGCACGACCGCGGCAGCCCCGAGCCGCCCUGCAGCCUGGACCAGCUCAUGUCCAGGCUCUUCACCGAUGUCGAGGCCCCCAUGGGGGGCAAGGUCCACCUGCUAUUGGACAUCAUCCAAGGGGUCACAGCUACAGUCACGGGGGUGCAGUACCAGCAGUCGUGGCUCUGCAUCAUCUGCACCUCCAAGGCCCUGCUGAAGCGGUACGUGUGCAUCAGCCGCCUGGUGCGCCCGCAGAACUGGGGGGAGAACUCGUGCGAGGUGCGCUUUGUCAUCCUGGUGCUCACCCCGCCCAAGAUGAAAAGCACCAAGACUGCCCUGGAGGUGGGGCGCACGUUCGCCACCAUGUUCCUGGACAUCACCUUCCGCCAGAAGCUGCUGCAGACCCGCACGGAGGAGGAAUUCAAGGAGGCCCUGGUACAUCAGAGACACCUGCUGAGCAGGAUGCACCCGGGCCAGGUGGCACCUGCCUUCAAAAGCUCUGUUUCUGUCCUGAGACCCCUGCAGCCUCCAAAGUGCAAGGACUUUCUUGCACUGGGCAAGGGCAUCCGGAAGGACAUCGCCCACAGGCUCCCCCUGUACCCGCUGGACUUCACUGAUGGCAUCAUCGGGAAGAACAAAGCCGUGGGCAAGUACAUCACCACCACCCUGUUUCUCUACUUUGCCUGCCUCUUGCCCACCAUUGCUUUCGGCUCCCUCAACGACGAGAACACCAACGGGGCCAUCGAUGUGCAGAAGACCGUCGCUGGGCAAAGCAUUGGGGGCCUCUUGUAUGCGCUGUUCUCCGGGCAGCCGCUGGUGGUGCUGCUGACCACUGGGCCGCUGGCCCUCUACAUCCAAGUGAUCCGGGGCAUCUGCGAUGACUACAGCCUGGAUUUCGGCGCCUUCUACGCAUGGACGGGCCUGUGGAACAGCAUCUUCCUCGCACUCUAUGCACUCUGCAACCUCAGCCUGCUCAUGAGUCUUUUCAAGAGGUCCACAGAGGAAAUCAUCGCCCUGUUCAUUUCCAUCACCUUCGUGCUGGAUGCAGUCAAGGGCAUGGUUAAAAUCUUCCAGAAGUACUACUAUAGCCACCACACUGCAGACCAGCAAGGGGCCAGCGCUCCCCUGGAGAGCCUGCUGGGCCUCAACUCCAGCCUGCACGCAGCCCUCAACACCAGCCUCAUGGCCAGCCCCGCGGAGCUGCUCCCGGAGACCACUCACACGGAUCACCCAGGCCGGGAGACGGCCGUGUUCAGCCUUCUCAUCAUGCUGGGCACGCUCUGGCUGGGCUACACCCUCUAUCAGUUCAAGAAGAGUCCCUAUCUGCACCCUACCAUGCGUGAGGUCCUGUCUGACUGCGCCCUUCCCAUCUCCGUGCUCACCUUCUCUCUCAUCAGCUCCUACGGCUUCCCGGAAAUCAAGAUGGGCAAGUUCCGCUACAACCCCAGCGAGAGCUGGUUUGAGAUGGCCAAGGUGGAGUCGCUGUCCCUGGGGGCCAUCGUCAGCGCCAUGGGCCUCGGUUUCCUACUAUCCCUGCUCUUCUUCAUGGAGCAAAACCUGGUGGCCGCUUUAGCCAACGCCCCUGAGAACAGGCUCGUGAAGGGCACCGCCUACCACUGGGACCUCCUGCUCGUGGCCAUCAUCAACAUGGGGCUGUCGCUCUUCGGGCUGCCCUGGAUCCACGCCGCCUACCCGCACUCCCCGCUGCACGUGCGCGCGCUGGCGCUGGUGGAGGAGCGGGUGGAGAACGGGCACAUCUAUGAGACGAUCGUGAGCGUGAAGGAGACGCGGCUGACCACGCUGGGCGCCAGCGUGCUGGUGGGCUUCUCCCUGCUGCUGCUGCCCUUCCCGCUGCAGUGGAUCCCCAAGCCAGUGCUCUACGGUCUCUUCCUCUACAUCGCGCUCACCUCCAUCGAUGGCAACCAGCUGGUGGAGCGCUUGGCGCUGCUGCUCAAGGAGCAGACUGCCUACCCGCCCAGCCACUAUAUCCGGCGCGUGCCGCAGCGUCAAAUCCACUAUUUCACGGGGCUGCAGGCCCUGCAGCUGCUGCUGCUCUGCGCCUUCGGCAUGAGUCCACUGCCCUACAUGAAAAUGAUCUUUCCCGUCAUCAUGAUCGCCAUGAUCCCCAUCCGCUACAACCUGCUGCCCCAGAUCAUUGAAGCCAAAUACUUGGACGCCAUGGAUGCCGAGCACUGAGCACCGAGCUGAGCACCAGGCCCCGGCAGCCACCCUUUCCCCAGUCCAGCUCUUCCCAGGCUGGCACUGUGGCGCAGUGGGGAGGCAUGGAUGUCCUUCGGGUGUUGCUCAGUGCUGCAUCACCACCCCCAGUUGCCCCAGCAGCCUCCGGGGUUGUCUGAGCAUUUGGGGGGUCCAGUGGCAUGUGCCUGCUCCUGUUUGCUGUUGUUUUGGGACCACACUCGGUGAUGCUUGGGGACUGUCACUCCUGGCUUUUAAGCUUGGGGGUCACUCCCAGAGGUGCCAGGGUGUGGAUGGCCGUGUGGUGCCAGGGAC